CCCCGCCGGGCCCUGUCCUGCGUUGACUUCUCUGCGGUGGGAAUACGCGUCCCUGUGCCCUGCUAAAGCCAUCACCGCCGUCUGCCCCCGUCCCAGCCAGGCCAGGGCUCGCACCCAGAAGGGUUAUUUUCCAGAGAAACUGUUUGCCUCUGUUUUAAGCUCGUGUCCUUGGGAACCUCCAUCUCCCCAGAGCUCGCUGCUGGAGGACAGACAAGUGCUUCCCAUGAAGGUGGCGGAAGGAGGAGGCGCGCGAGCCGGGUGUGUGUGGAGGGAAGGAGCACGCAGCAGGCGGCCGCCUCGACCUGCAGUCGGGGCUCCUGUCCGCGUCCCCGGCAUGGGCGGCCCGCGGAGGACCCUGUCUCUCUUCCUUAUUCUUGUGCCUGUGUGCCUGCAUGGGGCUUUGUCGCACGAAGCCGGCCCCGCGGCGCCACGGAAACCGUUUUUCGAGAGGCUCCGUAGACUGGAAGAGCAGUUUCGGAGGCUCCAGGAGGUGACCCUUACACACCUGCGGGGCCUUGCCGGCAACUACAACCUGUCCUACAACGUGGACACUCGAUUCCGGAGCCUGGCCCUGGAGACCCAGGCUGUGGCCCUGGCUGUGAACCGGUCGCAGGCCACUGUGCAGGGCGACCUGAGCCACCUCAAGACCUGGAUGCAGAAGGCACAGCGCAGGAGCCGGAAGCUAGACUCCAGGCUGCUGGCCUUGGACGCCGCCCUGAGCCACAGGGACAGGCAGCUGGCCCAGGCGGGGAAGGAGCAGGAGGCACAGAGGGACGCCCUCGCCGGCCUGGGCCUGACCCUGCGGGGCCUGCAGGACACGGUGGCCCGCCUCACGCACCUGGUGCAGAGCCAGGGCACCAGGCUGGCUGCUCUGGAGCGGCGGCUGCAGGUGGCCCGCCCUGGCACCAUGGCCCCGGGGCCGCCCCCCACCCUGCCCCCCGCCCAGCCCGGGCUGCCAAACCCAGGCUCCCCAGAGCCGCAGAUGGGCAGGCAGGCGCUCAGAGCUCAGCCUGAGCCCGGGGACCCACCUCCGGACUUUGCCAGCCGUCUCCAGGGGACGCGGGAGCCACCGGGCCCAGGCAGCCGGCCAGCACGGCCCCCAGACACACAGGGAGAGACCUGCAACGUGGGCCCCGUGCUGGUCUUCCCCAACGCCUCCACCCAGAACGCCGCCUUCCUCAGCCCCGGCUUCCCUGCGGCCCUGCGCGCCCUGUCUGUGUGCAGCUGGGUCCGCGUGGCCUCGGGCCACCUGGGCACCCUGCUCUCCUACGCCACCGAGGAAAAUGACAACAAGCUCGUGCUGCACGGCAGGGACUCCCUGGUCCCUGGCUCCGUCCACUUCGUGAUCGGAGACCCGGCCUUCAGGGAGCUGCCCCUGCAGCCGCUGCUGGACGGCCGGUGGCACCACGUGUGUGUCAUCUGGACGUCCACCCUGGGCAGAUACUGGCUCCACGUGGACCGCAGGCUGGUGGCCACCGGCUCCCGCUUCAGGGAGGGCUACGACAUCCCUCCGGGGGGGUCGCUCGUGCUGGGCCAGGAGCAAGACAGCGUGGGAGGUGGGUUCGACAGCUCCGAGGCCUUCGUGGGGAGCGUGGCAGGCCUGGCCAUAUGGGACCGGGCGCUGGUCCCCGGGGAGGUCGCAAGCCUCGCCACUGGGAGGGAGCUCCCGCGGGGCGCCAUCCUCACGCUGGACAACGCCCACUGGGAGGGCGGGUUCGUGCAGAGGGUGAACUGCAGCUGCCUGGAGCUCUGUCCCUGAGGCCUCGCUCUCAGGCCUGACCGAGCAGCCUGCGCAGCUCUGGCCACCUGCCACCGCCGCCCCCCGGCCCCAGCUCCCUAGAGGCCCCCUCCCGGACCGGGGUGGGGGACAGGGCAGCAUGGAGGAGGGCGGGCCACGGGCGGAGCGGGGACCCCAGUGGGGCCCCUCCUCUGGGCUGGGGUUGGUGGCUUGUGAGAGUGUCCCUCUGGGCGGUCCUUGCUCCCAUGUCCCUCAUGGAGAGGACCAGGGAUCCAUUUCCUGCCCCCCAGCUCCUGUCUAUCCAGACUCCAGACAGCAGCUCUCUGUCUUGGCGGAUUUGCCUGGUCUGGACGUUGGCCAUUUCACGUGACGGAAUCACUCUACGCGGCUCCGUGUCCGCCUGUCUCGCUGAACCCCGGCCCCGCCCACGACGCAGCACACCGGGCACCCGGCGGGUGCGCUGCCCAGCGACGCCCCGCUGCGAUCCCCCACCCCCCGCCCCGCCCGAGCCGUCAUCCGUCCACCAGCCGCUGGGCAUCGGGUUGUGUCCAGGCUUGGGCUUCCUCGAAUAAAGCCGCUCUGAGCGUCUCACGAGAGUCCUGGUGCAGACCCUGUUCCCAGUCCCCUGCAGUGCGUGCCUGGGAGGAGGAUUUCGGGCCACAUGGUGGACUCGUGUCUGAACAAACUGCCAAAG